UGGCGAUUUAGACUCCGGGAUACAGUGGAGUCCCUCUUCGGGGAUGUCAUACUCGACGACCUUCUCCAAGGUCCCUCCGAUCCUCAGAAUAGAAGGCCCCAAGGCUUUGGUGAAUGCGAUCAAUUGAGGUGACUUCAAAUCGACAUCCAGCACAUUGGCAUGCGAUCCCCAUCCGUACGGUUCGCAUCCCUUGUCGGGAGGCCACCAAUCCAAUGCAAAGGAGACAUACCGGGGGUCCACAGGAUGGGCAGGCCAAUCCAUCGUAAAUGAAACAUAUCGCCGGUCUACGGGGCCACUGCUAGCUGGCCCAGAGGUUGUGUUCACUUGGAUCUCUAACUGAAGCGUCCUGCUGGAGGUAGGCGAGGCAGAAGAUUUGCUACCAGCUUCUAUCCUUCCCGCCAAUAGCAGUAUCCCCAAGCCACAGAAUGUCCUUGGUGUUGGUAUCAUCUUCAUCUAUCUCCAAAUGCCCCCAUGUUCAUCUUAUUGGCCUUGAUGAUCGAGACAGCUGAUGAGGCUCGAAUCUUUCAGUCACGUUUUGUAUUGUAUCCAUGACUGACGCCGUCUGAGAAAACCGGUACGUCUGGCCUUCACACUUUUCAUCUUCCGCAACAAGCCUCUGGGGGAGAGUUGACCGUCUCUCAAAAUUGUUUUAAUUCUGGGCACUGGCGCGCGCGUCUCUUUAUGGCGCGUCAAACUGCGGCACCCAUCCCCUUUUGUUGCCCGCAAUCCACCUUCACAAUCCUCAUUUGUCCUCUUCCCAAUAAUACUUUGUUGGUGUUUGAGAUCAUCGUCUUUGCCUACCUACCUACAUUUAUUUGAACUGACCAUGGCGGCCCCGACGAACAAGCCGUCCCCCUCCAAUCGUGUUGUGGAUGAAACAAUAGACGCUACCGUUGCUGUCAAAGAUAAUGCCACUGCUAAUGAUGGCAAAAAAGAAGAUCCUGCCACUGUGUCACCUGCUGCUACCAAGCAAGAAGCUGCUCCGGCUGAUUCUGCUGCUACGAAAAAUCCAACAGAAGCUGUGGAUUCGCUUCCUACCUAUCAGUCCUCAGAGACGUCUGCAGAAUAUCUCUUGGCAAAACGUCACUUGAAUGAAGGGAAGUUUGAUGAAGCCAUGACGGUGUGUGAAGGAGCCAUCAAAAGCACCAUGGAACUUUUGCGAGAGCUGUCGGGUGCCGGAAGCGACGAGGAUUUCACGCUCCACGAAUCCAUGGCGCCAUACCAUUAUCUUUAUGGUACCACUCUGCUCUAUUCUAUUGAAGAAGCUGACCACGAUGUCACCACGGCGGGAACAGCUGUGUCCACUGCUGUAGUCGAUGGAGAAGCAGCGGCAGUGCCAGAAGAGGCGGCGGCAGAAGAGGCAGCUCCAGCAGCAGAAAAGACUGUCAGUGACCCUGACGAGGAUUUUGAAAUUGCAUGGGAGAAUCUCGAUACGGCUCGAAACAUCAUUUCCAAAAUGCCAGUGACGGAAAAGCUGGAACUGGAUUUGGCACAAAUCUUCUUGAGAGCUGGGGAUCUGCAGCGCUUGAAUGGACGCGAUGACAGUGCCAUUCAAGAUUAUGAAUCUUGCCUUCGCCUCCGAAAGAAAUCGCCCUUUUUGACAAUGUAUGAUCGAAAGAUCGCGGAUGUCCACUAUCAGCUUGGACUCACGUAUAUCAGUGUGGCGAGUAUCAAUAGGAAGGGAAACAAUGACGAGGAGGAACAUGCAAACAAACCGGAACUUUCUGACAUUGAAGAAAAAGUGUUGGAAGCCAAACAGGCUAUGGCUCGCAGCAAGGCUGCUUUUCACUAUUUGGAAUGCUGCAAAUGCUUUUCAGGUUUGCUUGCCACGAUUUGCAAUGCGGAUCCGGCCACUUUGAUUGAGAAUCUAGGAGGAGGCGACAACAAUGCCACCGAGGCCGGCUACAAAACAACUGGGGAAGAGGACGAUGACAUGGAAUUGCCCCAGGUUGCCAGCGCCAAGCUACGAACCUUGCGAAAGCGCGCUUCUGAGCUAGUGACAGCCAGCACCACAAAUCUGACUGCAGAUCAAAAGGCAGAUGUGGAUGAUUUUUGCGACAUGAUGGAAGAUAUUCAAGAGGUUGUGAAUGAGGCAGAAACCGCUUCCAAAGCAGUGAAGGAAGCUUCAAAAUUGAAAGAGGCCGCAUACGCAGCCACGAAUGACGCAGCUGACGAGAAACAGAAGAGCGAUGAUACGGGGGCAAACACAACCAUUGGAUUUGGGACAGCAUCCGCGGGCGUUGCAGUGGCAGCAGCACCCGCAGCCAACUCCCAGGCGGCGCGCCCGAUGAUGGUCGUCAAGAAGAAGAAGAAACGAGCGCCCGUUCAGCCUGCGGAAGCCACUGACAGCAAAAAACCAAAGACCGAAUAAGAAUUGAGCAUCCACAUGAAAUUCGGGAGUAAACAAAUACAAGGGCCGAUUUGUGAGUUCGCUGUUGCAACUUAGAGCGGUGCUAAUCAUUCCUUCGGGUCUAUAGUCAAAGAUUCACUAGU